AAGGCUGGUGACGUCAGCUAUGCUGGCAGGGCUGGUCCUUCGUGUGCAGAAUCGACUUCUUAAAGGGUGACUAGCGAGGAGGACGUUGACUGACCCGACACUGUACAUCAUCUUCGCUGGAUUGAAAACAAGAGUCUGCAACAUGGGCAACGUCCAACCAACUAUUACCCCCUAUGAUGAUUUCGAUGUUGUGGCUGAUAUCAAGGCCAUUCGCAAAUCCUGCAAAGGUUUGGGGACGGAUGAGGAGGCCAUCAUUGAGAUCCUGGCCAAUCGUUCAUCAGCACAGCGCUUGGAAAUCAAGCACGCAUACUUUGAGAAGUAUGACGACGAGUUGGAGGAGGUGUUGAAGAAGGAGCUGACUGGUAGUUUUGAGAUGGCCAUUGUGGCUAUGCUAGAUCCGCCCCACAUCUACUCUGCCAAGGAGCUGAGGAAGGCCAUGAAAGGGGCGGGCACCGACGAGGCCGUUCUGGUGGAGAUCCUGUGCACCAGCACCAAUCAGGAGAUCCUGACUUGCCAGGAGGCGUAUGCCCAGGUGAACGAACGUGACCUUGUGGCUGACAUUGAGGAUGACACCAGUGGAGAUGUCAAGAACCUCCUGAUAUCUCUUCUGCAGGCUAACCGAGAUGAAGGCUUCGAGGUGGACGAGGGACUGGCCGAGCAGGAUGCGACCGCUAUGUUUGAGGCAGGAGAGGGUCGUUUUGGAACGGACGAGUCCACCUUCAGUUACAUUUUGACACACAGGAACUACCUGCAGCUUCAGGCCACCUUCAAGAUCUAUGAGCAGCUCUCUGGGACAGAGAUCCUGGAUGCCAUUGACAACGAAGCCACUGGGACCUUAAAGGAGUGUUACAUCACCCUGGUGCGUUGUGCCAAAAACCCUCAGCUCUAUUUUGCCCGUCGCCUGAACGCCGCAAUGAAAGGGGCGGGCACUGACGAAGACACGCUCAUCCGCAUCAUUGUUGGUCGCUCAGAGUUUGACCUGGAGACCAUUAAGGAGAUGUACCUGGAGAAGUAUGAUGUUCCUCUGAAAGAAGCUCUGAGCUCUGAGUGUGGAGGAGACUUCAAACGUCUCCUACUGGAGAUCCUGCACUAAGACCCCUGUUUGUUUCUCUUUCUGUUCCUCUUAUUCUUUAUCCUUCUUUGACAGUUACACUCCUAAAACACCUGUCUUCUAAUACUUCUACCUCUCUCAUCCUCUUCCUUCUCUCCGGCUCUGACUGCAGCAUGGACCAAAAACCAACCACACCGUCAUGUGUUACUAACACAGACACAAGAUGUCACUAACUUCUACAUUGAGUUAUGAACAGAAGACUGCCAAGUAUCCUGGGCCGUAUACUGGAUAAUGACUUAAAAGUCAUAGACCUGAAUUAUAAAUACUGUUCUUAAAACUGAAUAACAUAUUGAUAUACUAUGUUGAUUAUCACACAUUCCACAGUUAGGCUCUUCUUACAUACAGUAAUGUAACCAACUAUUUGUCAUUCUUUUUUUUCCCUCUUUUCUUUAUUCAAAGCUGUGGGAAGUAGGGGUGCUGAAGGCGCUGCAACACCCCUUGGGGAAAAAAACAAGUCAAUUUGCUUUUUUUAAAAAAAAACAAAAUUAGUGAACUUUGUCCUUUACUGCUCCUGUAUCAGUUGAGGAGAAAUACUCCUCAGCAUCCCCCUGUUCUUACUCCUUUCUUGUUUGUGGCUGAUAGUUGAUGUUGGCUGUAUCAUUAGUUCAUACCACGUUUACUGUGUCUACCACAUAGAUGCCUUGACGAAGCCUUAAAAGAUGCCAUUUAUUUUCUUUCUGCUGCACCACUCAAGCUCCAAGGAAUCUCAUUGGAAGCUUUCCGGUACAUACAUGGCUCCAUUUUGAAUCGAGAAGAGAUUAAACAUAUCUGGCUUAGAAUUUCUAUCCAUCAUUAGGAUUUUUAACCUGUAGGAAAGAAGUUGACUGUUUAUAGAUACCUUUUUAGAUCAAAGCCUUCUCUCUUUUGAAAUAUUUACACUUUGAUUGACAAUUCCUUUUUUCUUUCUAAUAAAACUCAAUGGAAAACAGCAGUAGUAACCAAUUGAAGUAGUUGAUAUAAAUAAGUGGAUGUUAAUGCUUUUAAAGAGCAAUGGGGGCUCUAAAAAUAAUAUAUUAAGGAGGGAAUGCACCAUAGCAUUGAUUGUAGUAUUUCAUCAUUUAAAGGAAAUGUGCAAAUUAAUCGUAAGGCUUCAAGUACAAUCAUGAGCAUGUAGUAUUAAAGGCAACUGCUGUAUGGUAAUAUUACAUGGCCUCCUAAAAUGGUAUAUCAAAAAUACCUCUAACUAUCUUGUAGUGAGAGUGGGCUUCUGUUGUGUCAGCUAUACAGGUGUCAGAACGGUAUUGAUGGCAACCAGGUCAAUGUCAACGACUUGCAUUUUGGAUGAAUGUUAUCCUGAACAUAGCCAAAGAUUUGUGGUUACUGUAAAAUAUAAAUAAAGCAUAGCUAUAUUAAACA